AUGUUGAAGACAAAAGGAUGGGCGAGCGGACGGCGAGAUGCAGCAAAACUGUAUGGCCCCUUGUGGUUCAGCAUGGAUGAGAGGUGCCAAUCAUACAACUUGGCACACAGCCCCUCAGACAGAUCACAGGCCCACAGCGCGUGGGCCGAGCGCUUUUGUCGCGAGGUUGGUGCUCCCUACACCAACUGGCCCAAUUCAAAGGUUCCUGAGCGGCGACUUCGAAUUGGGUACAUCUCACCGGAUUUUUUCCAUCACUCAGUGUCCUUCUUUGUGCAUGCUCUCUUGGAGCAUGCCAACGAGGAGCGGUUCGAGAUCUUUAUCUACUCCAAUGCCACCAGGGAGGACGACAAGACCGAGCUGUUUAAGAGUAUCGUGCCACCCCAACGCUGGAGAAAGGUCGUAGGCCUGCCUGCCGUCGAGGCCUGUGAAUUGAUCCGAGCGGAUCAGAUUGAUAUCCUGGUAGAGCUGGCAGGACAUACGGCCAACAACCGACUGGACGUUAUCGCCUUGAAAGCAGCACCGAUCCAGAUCACUUACAUUGGCUACAACAACACCACCGGGUUGGGUGCCAUUGACUAUCGUUUGGUGGAUGAAAUGGUCGAUCCGUUGGACACGACUCAGCCCUUCAGUGAGGAACUGGUGAGAGUCCCGGGGUGCUUCUUGUGCUACACGCCACCCUCCCGGGUGCCGGACAUUGAGGAGCUGCCGGCACUUCGGCAUGGCUUCGUGACCUUUGGGAGCUUCAGUUGCUUGGCCAAGGUGGGUGAUCCUGUGGUGGCCCUUUGGGCCCGAUGUCUGCACGAGGUGCCCAACAGCAGACUGCUGGUGAAGAACAAGGGAUUUUACUCACCGGAUGUGCAGGCCACCUUCAUCGCGAAAUUUAAGGCCUGUGGCAUCCCCGAACACCGGUUAAAGCUGAUGGCUUUGGCUCCCACCUCCUAUGAGCACUUGAACAUCUACAACGAGGUGGACAUUGCCCUGGACACCUUCCCCUACUCCAACACCACCACGACCUGCGAGUCACUGUUGAUGGGAGUACCUGCUGUCACUCUGGUGGGAAAUACACAUGGCUCCCGAGUUUGCUAUACAUUGCUUAAUGCUAUUGGCAUUGGCGAUUUUGCUGCUCAUUCUCAGGAAGCCUAUGUGACGAAGGUGAAGGGCUUGUGUUCCAACCUCCAGACCCUGGCGUUGCUGCGGCAAAAUCUGCGACAGAUCAUGCUUUCCUCGCCCCUCUGCGAUGGACCGGGCUUUGUGCGUGAGAAGUACGAGCCGAUCCUACUGGAAAAGUGGGCAGCCUACUGCAAUGGCAGAGCUCCGUCGCAACAGGUCUUUAGCAGCUCGGAGCCGCCCGAUCCGCUCGCGCCAGGACCCUUUGCACCACCAUUGAUGCCAGGCCAGCCUUUCCUGCAGGGCCCAGGCUCGACUUCAAACCCACAGGGGCAGAUGGCCAUGGCAACAAUGCCCGUGGCCAACCAACCAAUGCGGAGCUUCUUGAAAGAAAGCGCAGGAGAGAUCUACGGGCCAGUGAGCGCAUCGACUCAGUGCUUGAAAGGUUUGAUGCAUGCCGAGCCAAAGCCGCAGAACAAGGAACAGCUCAACCAAUUGCGCUUGAGUUUGCGACGCAUGGGUCACAUCUUGGAGGGUUCGCCUGGUAAUGUCUCCCAAAGCAUGCGUAGCACCACGCACCAGUAUGUCAGCAUCCCCACUGAAGAGGAGCCUAGGCCAUCCCAAUCGCAUGCAUGGCCUCAGGCCCAGUCCAGUGGAUUCUUGUCGUCUCAGCAUUCAUGGCAGCAGGACCCAGCAGCACAAUGGAGCCAUCAUCCGCAUGAUGCUUUCGCCACAUUUGAAGAUGCCAGUGGCACUGACACCGAUACAAGCUCUGAUGAUGACGAGAGUUGGGGGCCUGACCUGUCAUCCAUGACGGAGGACGAAGUUGCAGCCCGUGCUCAGGAAUUAUUCUGGGCAUAUGCCCGUGCCAAAAAGCAAUGGCGUGCUUUCACACAAAAACCGACAAGAAAAGUGCGGAGGUUUCUCCGUAAGCGAGGCUUUAAAGGCAUUGGCAGAAAAGUACAGGGAAAGGUGGCAAAGGCCGCAGAGGCAAUCCGCGCGGCACUGACGGACGCCAAAUGCAAUGUCAUUCCUGCGGGCGCCAUUUCGUCCGCAACCAUCCUGAUGGUCACUCCAGGUGAUGAGCCUACUGGCGAAAGCCAAAGCAGUCAGAACGAUGCAUGGCAGAAUGCCCGGAUGCCACAGCUGCCACGCCGAUCCACUGAGGCACAAAGCCAGGUUGCAUGGUCCAAUUACCGUCCGUCAUCCAGUCAACACGGGUCAGUAGCGCAAACACCUGCUAGAAGCCAUGGUCCAGUCCUUCCACCAAGUCCAGUGUCGCAUAUGUCCGUCCCAGCGCAAGAUUCACACCAGUCAUUCAUGCAAAGUUUGUUCGGUCGGUUUCUCGAAGCAGGCAGAUCACGCCAUCCGCACAACGUGCAUGCAAGCCCCGCUGUGCCUGAAGCGCGUGAGGAAGAUUCCCAGUUUGAACCAUUGCUGCCUGAAACAGUGCAGCCACCUAGCCGAAGCAGCCAUCGCAGUCCAGAACCAUCCGCAAGAAAUGCACCUCGGGCCAACACCCGGCCAUUCAGAUUAAGCGCGAGUCAAAGCCAACAGCCGCAAGCAAUUCAUUUGACAGCACCUGUGCCUGAACUGCCCCCGUGGGCUCUGCUUCCAGGAAUGGAGUUUCUGCAUGGUGUCCGUCACACAGUGCCGCAACACGUCAGUCCCUAUCCGUCCGUCGUUGUCUCGUCUCUUGACCAAUUUGGAUUGCAAGGAAUUGAAGAGUUCCACCAAGCAGGUCGCCUCAUGGCAGUCAGAAGUGAAGAUAGGCCACCAGGACUUGUUGCAAGCCAGGACUCAGAUCCCACGCAUGGGCAAGAAACGCAGAUAUGGUAUGAUGCCGGAGAAGCACUGCGCACUAGGCAGCGUACAGUCCGCAACAGAGAUCGCGAGGAACUGGAAGAACGUGUCCGAGCAGCCAUUGACGCCCAGCAAGCAUCUGAAGCAGAGGAUGCACAUGUCAUGUCCGAAGUUAGCCAAGUCAGUAGAACGCAGUCCUUGUCCUCCAAUCCGCCAUCAUAUGUAGGUGACUUGUCUCAGUGUUCCAUAUGUCUUGAGCAGUACAUGCACGGAGCCCCAUUGGUCCGUCUAAUUUGUCGGCACACGUUCCACGAAGAAUGCUGGAACGAGAUGGUGAUCAGGCAUGCUAGACCGGAAUGUCCUUGCUGCCGAGGAGGUGGCACAGUCAUUGCAAAUUACACCUUUGUAGGCCAAAAUGACGUUGCUUCACACCAAGCCACUCCUGAACCAUCCUUCCCAUGGUGGCCAAUUUACCAUGCGUCCACCCAGCUGGACGGGCAUAGUUCCAUUCUUGUUGACCCCGGUGCAUACACGAAUCUAGCCGGCGCUGAAUGGGCAGUAAAACAAGCCCAGCUGGCGAGAUCAGCCGGUCGACAAAGCUACAAAACAAGAAUGCCACAAGCAAUGUCAAUCAAAGGCGUUGGAAACGGGACGCAAUCGUGUACAGACGUAUCGAGCAUUCCAAUUUCCAUUCCCAGAACUAUUGACCCGUCAAGGCCAGAAGAAACAAGUACCAUGGAAUUCACGUUCCAAGCUCCAACUGUUGAAGGCGGGGGAAGUGCACUCCCAGCCCUUCUGGGAUUGAAAUCGCUGACAUCAAAGAAUGCCAUAUUGGAAAUGUCAGAGGGUUGCGAGUACCUAACAUUUCCAGGCCCAGGGCUUUACAAAAUUGAUUGGGCACCCGGCGCCAUCCACAUCCCAUUGCAAAGGGUGCCUUCAGGUCAUCUCUGCUUCCGCGCAGAUCUGUUUACAACUGGCCAAGCGAGCGACCAACAAAAUGCAGAUCUUGCAGAACUUACCCAUGGCCUGGAACUAGUUCCAUUUGCAGGCCGUGCCUGCGAGCAGAGCCACCCAAGUCUGCCACAACCUGUCACAAUGCAAUACCAACCCAAAGCUGGACAGCAUGCGCAAGCAACCGUAGCCGUGGCAAGCACGGUCGCAACCCAUACUGUCAGAACGCAAGAUGUCCUCUCCAAGUAGACAACCCAGUAUUCAAAAAUCAGCCAGUAGCACUUGUUGUUGACGAUUCACACGUUAUCAGCAAACACAUGCAACAAAUGGGAUAUUUGGUUGACCACAUAGAUCCACGUGCUCUCCUGCAAAAUAAAAGUCAAGCCGUGAAAUGCAUGCGCCGCGGCCAGUACGCAUUUGGAUGGAUCACAGCGCCUCUUCGUGGAAAGCACGUGCCACCAGAAAAGUUCAAUGCAGCAUGUUCAGAAGUUGCAGCUCUCAUGCUGGCAGCUGAAGAGUCGUCCGCUAUGUGUAUUGUUCUAGGAGCAUUCGGCACGUUUUGGCAAAACGUUGAUAUUCAUCAAACAUCCCAAAGGAGCCUAAUCACCAAACAUUUUCACCGGCUUUGCCACUUUGGUAUCAAAAUUGACCCAGAUGCUGUUGUGCCAUCAAGUGCGUGUUUUGUCUCCUUAAGUACUCACAUGCCAGUGUCCAGUCAUUCCUGCAAGUGUCCAACC